UCUCAUGUGUAUACCAAUAGAAAAAGCAAUGUCUUCAAGCAUUGGCGAACGUAAAACGACUAACACAUGGUGGAUUAUGCACAACCUCCAAGCUUGUUCCCACAACGGAGAUCCACUGAUAUGGAGUUGGGUAAUAUGGAACAUAAAGAGAUCACCAAUGGUGACAAUUACGUUGAAAUUUGGAAUCAUGUCCCAAAACAUCUCACCGGCAGGCACAUAUACAAAUAAAAUACCGGUAAAUGUUAAGAAACUGAUAAAGUUUAGGGUCAUUGAAGGAGAUGUUAUGGCCGAGUACAAGAGUUUCUUGAUCACGAUUCAGGUGACCCCGAAGGAAGGAGGAGUUGGAAGUGUUGUGAAAUGGCACCUUGAAUACGAGAAGAUUGAUGAGAACGUGGCUCAUCCGGAGAAUCUCCUCCCUUUCUUCGCCGAGAUGACCAGAGAGAUCGACGAACACCUCUUAUCCGAGGAAUGAACAGACUCUUGGUGAUAUUUAUAUCUUGUGCUCUAGUUAUAGAUAAAGUGGUAGCCCGAAG